AUGGAUGCCGCUAUUGAUCUUACAGACCGUUCCAAAGCUUUGGACUUGAAUAACAUUCGUGCACAACUUAUCCGCCUCGAAGACACAAUCACAUUCCACCUAAUCGAGCGAGCCCAAUUCCCCGCCAACAAAACAAUCUAUGUCGCCGGUGGCGUCCCCAUCCCCGGAAGCAACUUGAGUCUUAUGGACUAUUUGCUUCGCGAGCAAGAAAAACUCCAAUCUCGAGUGCGCCGCUACGAAUCACCGGACGAGCACCCAUUUUUCCCCGAUGCAGUCGAAAAACCCAUCUUAGAGCCGCUCGAAUACCCCGAAAUAUUGCACGCAAAUGAUGUGAACGAGAAUGCGACGAUAAAGAAACGCUACAUUGAGGAUAUUAUUCCCUCGGUCUGCCCCCAGAACCGCAUUGAUCGCGGCGUGUCACAGGAAAACUACGGGUCGUCUGCGACAUGCGACGUAAAUCUGCUUCAGGCGCUAUCGCGCCGUAUCCAUUUUGGCAAGUUUGUAGCAGAGUCAAAGUUCCAGCAAGAAACCGAAAAGUUUGUGCGAUUGAUCAAGGCCGCGGACCGGAAGGGUAUUGAUGAAGCGAUUACAAACUCGAAGGUGGAGGAGCUGGUGCUGAAGCGAAUUGAGACGAAAGCGCAGACUUAUGGGAGUGAUCCUGUUCUGGCAGAGUAUAGUAACAAGGUUGAUGCUGAAGCUGUUGUUAAGAUGUACAAGGACAUUAUCAUUCCUAUAACCAAAGUUGUUGAAGUGGAAUAUCUUAUGCAACGCUUGGUAGGAACGCAAUGGGAGUAG